AUGCGAAAUUCGACUAUAGUGAAGACACAUGAUAUUGACCUCGAUGAUAAUGGUGCUAAUGAUGGAUUCACAUAUGCCGCAUUGAUCACCCUGUCGCGCCGCGACAUGGGCCAGACUCUUCAGCAGGGUGUUAUGUCGUACUCCGGAUGCACGUUAUGUAGUACAAGCAGCCGCCUUCUCCAAGCGAACGCCAUGUCGUUUACCUCCCGCCUUCUAGUCGUGCAUAUCCCGUACUUGUUAUCAUCAUCAUCAUUAUUAUUAACACCAACGCCAGCAGUAGCACCAACCUUCCAGCCUUCCCCUCUCCCCCCUACCUGCCUUAGCUGUCGUAUAUGCCGGAAGCCAGGCUACACAGCUGUACCACGAGGACUGCCAAAACCCUAA